CUUUUUUUUUUUUUUAUCUUUUAAGUAAUCCAUGGUGUUUUUCUCUCUUUCUGUAAGAAACCUGCUUUCUUUUCCCUAUAUGCUGUCUUUUUUCUUUCUUGCCUCCACGCUAUUUCUAUAAGCCCUUGUUUAGUGCUUCGCUAGCAAAACCCACCUCCAAAAAAAACACAGCCUCUCUCUCUCUCUCAAGUCUCAACACCACCCCCCCCCCCCCCCCCUCUCUCUUUCCUUCUUUCUCUAGUUGUAUUGUUACAUUCCAAAUCCCCCUAAGUCUACCUUGUGAGACAAAACUUCUGUCCUAUCCUAAAACCUUACCUUCAAUGCAUAUGGAAGGUGCUUAAAGCUUCAGAUUUGGAUCACAGAGAGAUUGAUGUGGGUAUGCCAUUUAGUUUCCCCCUCAUUUCUUGCGGUUUCCAUUACUAGUGAAAAGAAGAACACAGAAAGCUUACUAGUCAUCUAACUCCAUCCACCAUUUUCUCUCUCGUGAUAAAUAGGUUCUAGUUUCUAUUUGUUCUUAAACGUGGACAAUUUUCGAGAAAACUCCCAAGUUCAAGAAAGCAACCACCUUUAACACCAAUCAUUUAGUCUUCCUAAUUAUCCUGUCUUGUUCCUUCUUUUUGGGUCAGCGAAAAAACAGCCAGAAAAACUAAAAUAACAACCAAAAAAGAAGAGAGAAAACUAGAAAUGGAACUUUCAAGUCAUGAAGUAGAAAUUCCAAUCCCGAUAAACAGUGCAUAUGGUGGGGGACAUGGGCAUGGGCAUGGGCACAUGAUCCACCAUGAUCCUGCACCCCACAACCACAUCAUGCCUUCAUCAGCACCACAGAUCUCCUCCAAUGGCCCCCCAUUACCCACAAGCCUGGAGGAACAUAUGCCCUACAAGAAAGUGGUGCGGUACAAAGAAUGCCUCAAGAACCAUGCAGCAGCAAUGGGAGGGAAUGCAACUGAUGGGUGUGGUGAAUUCAUGCCCAAUGGUGAAGAGGGUACUAUAGAAGCACUCAAUUGUUCUGCCUGCAACUGCCACAGAAACUUCCACAGAAAAGAAGUUGAGGGUGAGCCCUCUUCGUGUGACUGCCACCAUAGCCCACAUCUCAACAGGAUUGGGAGGAAAUUCAUCUUUGGCCAUCAUAAAAAUAUAGUACCGCCUGAGGCUUUAGGGUACCCUACAGCUACUGGUACCUUUAUAUCUUCAAGACCAGGAGCGCCCCACCAAAUGAUAAUGCCCUACAACAUAGGAUCCCUCCCGUCAGAGUCUGAUGAGCAGGAAGAUGGCGGAGGUGCAGUCGUGGUCAGGCCUCCGCAGCUUGCAAAGAAGAGGUUCAGGACAAAGUUCACACAGGAACAGAAGGAGAAAAUGCUGAACUUCGCUGAGAAAGUCGGGUGGAAAAUCCAGAAGCAGGAAGAGGCUGCGGUGCAACAGUUCUGCCAAGAGAUUGGAGUCAAGAGAAGAGUCCUUAAGGUUUGGAUGCACAACAACAAGCACAAUCUAGCCAAGAAGAACCCUCCCGCUCCUUAAAGUUAACACCAUAUAUAACAUUAAUAUAUAUCCCCCACACCACACCCCAUCCCCACCCCCAACCGCCCACGCCCCCCCAACAACACACCGCGGGCAGCGAGAUAGCCGCGGAAUGCAUGUGGUUCUCUUAGUUUUUAAGUCUCUAGUACACCAUAUUUUAUAAUCCUUUUCUUCUCUGUGGGUACGUUAUUUGAAAUCUCUUACUAUUUUAAGAAUAGUGGUUAUGCAAUAGUUUUGCGAAAUUGAGUUUAAUUAAUGGUAGAUUUUGAGUAGUGGGUAAUUUGUUCUUGUUUAAUCCCUACGCAGUAGGAACUGUUCGAGAUGUUCGCUCAGAGUCUGAGAUACAGUACUGAUGUAUCCAAUUUACUUUUAAGGAAAAGCUACCUAAUUUUCGAAUA